AUGACUUUAUACCCGACUUACUUCUCAUUAUUCACGUGUUUAAUAUUAUCAUUCUUUUCAUUUGCACAAGACAGUCCAUCAAAUAACCAACCAAUUUUAAUUGAUGAAAAUGAAACAGAAGAAGUGAUCACUCCAAUAUGUACGAGUGAUUUUGUAGCAGCUAAUAUGAACGCUGUUGGACUAACCUAUGAAAUUACUUCUGACUGUUAUUCACUAAUACCCAAGUACAAACAGACAGUGAAAGGGUACAACCUUCACUCUGAAUGUUAUGUCCAAGACAAAUUUCUAUUAGUAGCAAAAAAUGGUCACAACGUUUCUCGGUGUGGGCAAUGGCUCGAAAUUAAUGGUUCCAAUUUAGACACGCCAGUAUUGUGUAUGGUAGCGGGUUCCUUCCACCCCAAAUUAUAUGGAGAAGAGAUCACAAGUUAUGUCACUACAUACAUUGGCUUUCAAGAACACCUUUUCCACUUACUGACUGCUGGUUUUGCAUAUGAAGGUGACAACUUUGUGCAAGUGACUGUUGCUGAAACUGAUUUCGACAUACAGAAAAGUCCGACCCUUUGGGUUCUUGAUAACAAAGAUGAUAUGGCCAAGAUACAAAUAGUCGACUGUAAUAGACCACAUGAAUUUAUUGAGUUUAAUAACACGCAGUAUCGCAAAGACAAAAAUGAUAUAUACAGAUUGCCAAUUACAAGUGGACGUUCUUCACUCAAUUUGGUUUCCUUUUUAAACGAGAAAAUUAAAUUUGAAAAUGUAACUUUAAGCCAAAUAGGCAGUUUUCCUGCAUCUUCAAAAUUUGUGUCGAAGAAAAUAAAGCACUGCGAGUACUUAGGAGAGUCCCAAAUCUUUUCAGAGAACGAAACAAGAGUGCAACAAUUGAUGAAUUGGUACUACUAUAAGAAUUAUCAAGAUAAAAAUGGUGUAUAUUACACUGAUAAAAUAGACAGUAUUAAACCCGUCAUUGAAACAACAGAAGUUAACAAUUACUUAACAUUUCUUAUGGGAUAUGCAGUGCCAGAAAUGAUGGAACAAGAAUAUAAAGAAUUUGUCUUGACUUUUAAAGUCAAUUUUAAUAUGAGAAUAGUCAAUGUGGCGAUAUCAAUAUCAAAGAAAAUUAGAGAGCAAGAUGUGAAGGGUUCUUUAACCUUAGUACGAAGCGGACUUAAAUUUGAUUACUACCAAAAUGGAGACAUUGUCAAAUUAAAAGCAAGAUUUGAUAACACACAACACGAAUUCGUGAAUUGUAUGUCAAUUACUUAUUUGAGUAAAAUUGGUGAUAGAGUCGAGUUAAUUAAUGGUGAGAUGAUUAGAGUUGAAAAGACAAGUAAUAUUAAAAAUUGCAAUUCCACUGUUUUUGACUGUUUAAAUACAGAGUGCACCGUCGAUGGAAACUCAAUUGAUGUUGGCGAAAGAAUAUGGGAAGUUGGGUGUGAACCGACGUGUGGUAAUUGUAGAGAUGGAUUUGUAUGUACAACAAUGGGAAAAUGUGUUGAACAAGAAAAUGAUAAUAUGAGAAGUGAUAGUGAACACUUUAUGAUGAUAGUAGUUGGUAUAAUUAUAUUAACUUUGUUGUAA